AUGGAACGCAUAAAGCACAAGACCAGACUACCUACAGCGAAUGUUAAUAAAAGUUUGCCUGAGACACCAGAAGCUCCUUCCAAGUCACCGCCACCCAAUGAUAUGCCAACAUCUCAACCCCAAGUUUUUACUUCCUCAACAGUCGGAUCAAGCACGGUGCAACAUCAGUUUCAUGAAAACAGUACCCCACCAACUGCUGUGAUGCAGCCACUAAUAACGGAAGAUGACAUACAAGCGUACUAUAGUAGAUUGAUCAACUAUGAAUUCAGAAACUUGCAACUAGACUCGGAAGUAAAAUCAAAGUCCUUAUUCGAUCUAAUAGAUUAUUGUGAAUUCCAGUACGAAACAUCGAAUGUCCAACUUCAAAUGGGGGCAACAGACCCUAAUGCCACUUUGAAGGGAAUCAAAACCUACAUAAAGGGUUAUCUUGUUUUCAACUACUUUAUAAACAGUUUUAUCAUAGUGCAUUUUAAAGGCUUUGAUAUGUUUAUUGAAAACAAUGAGCAAGAUUUUAUAAUAUACUUGAACAUUUUUGCAUUCUACAACUCAAACGAGUAUUUUCGAAAUGGAAAUUAUUCUAUUCAGUCUGAAGAUUUGCGAGAGUAUGUGAAGAAGUAUCUUGUUGAUAAGAACUUAUUAAGCUUCAACAUUGAGGAAUUGUACUCUUGGCUUAACGAGUAUAUUGCGUAUUUGAAAGAAAAAGACAAGUCAGCAGAAGAGCAAGCUUCAGUGUCCUCAUCAAGCUCAUCAUUUUCAUUUGUUGAAGAGGCGUAUGCUACACCAGACCUUCGCCAAUCAACACAUUCUAGAAAUUCAUCUAUAACCUCAGAAAAUGAGUUUAAGCAGAAGUUUCCCUCUAUCAAAAGAGUCGACUCACCUCCUUCAGAGUUUAUACCAAAACAAAUACCACCACCAAUACCGACACAGUUGCCACCUAGUUUGCUUGAAUCAAUGCCAGACCUUCAAUCUGUGUCUCCAAAUGCAUCUCCACCGUCGCCUACACCAACACCCCCAAGUCCUCCCCCACAUCGAGUUUCCACAGCCGAAUAUCCUAUUUCAAGAAAUGCAUUCAUGACGAAGGAAAACAAUCAAAGCACUUAUCCCGUUCAAGACAAAGUCCUAGGUACAGCGGUUUCCCCAGAAGAACAAGUUUAUUUUCAACCAAAGUCAUAUAGCAGACCCAAGAACGAAGUUCCAGAUGGUUAUCUACGCCCGACAGACUACACGAAGACCAAAAUGUACCAUAAAUCAAAUAACCUAGUCUCUUCCAACGGUUACGUGAAUGGUUACGACCAGAGACUUGCACAAAGUCAUCAAAUCGACCCACAAGUGGUUCAAGGCGGUAAUGCGCAUUUCCCAACACAAGCACCACCACCACCACAACCUAUUUAUCGCCAACCAAUGCAACCAAUACCCUACCAACAAUAUCCUUAUUACCAACAACCAAAUCAACCGAUUCAUCAUGUUCAAAAUACUCAGCCCCAAAUGUAUCCACCGCCAGCACAUUAUAACAAUACAUAUUCCCACGUUCCUGCACACGUUGUACAACAGCAAGAACAAAUAAAGCACCAAAAACAUUCACUAUUAAAGGAAUACUCCGUGUGUGGGUUGAGGAAUUUUGGCUCGUCAUGCUACAUCAAUUCCACUAUUCAGUUAUUGUUUGGUGUUUACCCUUUUAAGUCUAUUUUCAACCACGGAUAUCAGAAGUAUGUAAAGGAUCCCAAGUAUUUAAGAAUUUUAGCCAAGCCCAAUAGUCACACCAAAGAAUCUGUCCUAUUAAGUGAGGCCAUAGCUGGACUUUUGAGAACUUUCCAGCAGAACGGAGGCGUGUCGGUUUCUCCCACCAAGUUUAUUCGAGUCACCUCGUUACUAAAACCCGAUUUUAAUAUUCCACAUGAACAGCAAGACGCACAAGAAUUUUUGCUAUUUGUUUUGGAAAGAUUACAUGAAGAGUUGGCAGAUAAACGACAAGAUAACUACGACCCGGAGUUGUCUGUCCAGAAAUGGAAGAUAAAUAUCAACAUGGAAAAUAAAGACAAGUACAUGGAGUGGUGCAAAUCAUUACACAAGCAUGAAGGCAGCUCCCCAAUCACGGAUUUGUUCCAGGGCCACUUGCAGAACAAAUUGAAGUGUAACAAAUGUGGGUAUGAAUCAGUCAGCUAUUCUCCUUUUAGCAUUUUGUCGUUGCCUAUACCAAACAAUUACAAAAAUGAAGUCAACUUAAGCGACUGUUUGCGAUACUAUAUCCAAGAUGAAGUAUUAUCGGGAGAGAAUGCAUGGCAUUGUCCAAAAUGUAACGGUGAGGUCCAGACAUUAGAAAACCACCCAGUUUUUGAAAAUAAGCGAUCAGGUAUUUUCAAGCUAGGCGGGAAGAAAAAACACACCAAGAGCCAACAGGCAUCAAACAACAGUAUUAAUACGAUCUCUACCAAGAGUAUCAACUUUGUCAAGUUACCAACAAUCUUAUUCAUUCAUUUGUCCCGCUUUUCCAUGUAUAAUUUAACAGAUAAAUUAGAUACCAUGAUUAGAUACCCUUUAUUGUUAAAAUUUAACAACCAAGGCCACGAGAUAGUGUACAAGUUAUCAGGGUUGAUCAACCAUUUUGGUAAUUUGAAGAGUGGACACUAUACUUCGUUAGUUAAUAAGUCGACGGUCCAUGAGAAGUUACAGAACUCAGAUAAUUUGAAACGGCCAUGCUGGUGCUUGUUUGAUGAUGAGCAUGUUCGUUCAAAUUUGGUACACGGAGCCUUAAACCCUCCACAUGAUGAAUUGGUGUCUAGAGAUGUUUAUGUUUUGUGUUAUGAAAGAAUAGAUGUAUGA